ACCCGGGGCCUUCUUCAUAUCUCAAUCCCUCCUCUUUCAUCCUCGACACGUGACCAGUUAGCAAAAUGUAGCAGCUGUUGUACCCCGCUCCAUUUAGGGGUGGUAACCACGCUGCCGUGUAACAAUCGUCCACCAAUACGAUGCCGCCAUGUUUUACUCUCGCUUUUAUUUUGUGGCGAUUGCUACAUAUUUGAUGAACUUGUUUCCUUUGUUCUCUUUACCAAAACAAAAUAAGGGUAUUGAAACCCAGCAUUUGUACAUGAUCUCCUUUUACCCCGAAAGAUUUCCUGUCCAAGAAUACACUAUUAUUUGCGACUGCCGAACAUAACAAAUUGCGAGCACAGGGUGUAGCACUCGUUCGAGUCUCCACUCCCAGACAGAUAGUAUAACCGGUGUCAAUCACUGAGAAUUGCUUUACAUUUUGCUUGGGGAUACCUCUACAGAUCAACCUUUUUUACACACAUCCUAUCAACGUGACUCUAUCGUCACCUGUGUCAGGUUCGUAUUGCCGAGCAGUUGCGGGCAUAAAACCCAAGACAAAUCGCGCACCACUGAUUGACAGUCAAUUUCCAUCCUUGAAAGCACUAUCUCGGAAAGAUGGCUUCCGAGUAUGUAGCUACUGGUCAGCGGCACAACGGGGAGAAUAGCGGACUUACAGUUAGUAACGAUGAUGACGAAAUGGCUCGCGCAGUCGACAUUAUUGAGGAUGAACUUGGGGGUGGGGAGGAGGAUGAGGGCCCAAAUCCUGGGGAGAAAGUAUUGUGGUUCGGGAUGCACAAAGGGCAUAAAUAUGACGAACUAUCUCCUUCGUACAUAGAAUUUAUGGUAAACAAGUAUCUGGGUUCUCCAGAUACUGCUUCGGCAAAUAUCAAGGAGUUCAUGACGUUGUACGAUCGGAAGCAAGUCUGGAUUGAAAGAAAUCCGUCCAAACUCCCGCCUCCCGGCAAGACAAUCAUGUGGUUCGGCAAGUAUCAAGGCAUUGCUUUUGACAAAUUGAAAGAUGGAUAUGUGAUGAGCCUCGUCAAUUUUUAUCACGAAGACGGUGACGAAGCAUUCCCAAACAUACGAAAAUUCAAGGAACUAAAAGAUAGAUACGAUUCAUGGCUCGUUGCAAAAAAGAUGCGCACAAGUAAAAGUCCAGGAUCAAUUCCGAUUUGGUUUGGGGAGGACAAGGGUAGUGAGUUUCGAACAAUAUAUAAAUCUAAGCCUCGGAAGUGGAGAUGGCUUUUAAAGAAUUCCCGAUGGGCCCCGAUACUCAAAGCCAUUGCUCGUGAGUUUGACGAAUGGUUGUUGAAAAAACCGCCACGAAACCAACCUGCUUCGCGGAAUAGACCGGUGAUUGUCAAUCCAGUCGGCGAGAGACUAGGGCCGGGCGAUGACGAGGUAGCUUCCAAUGAUGAGUCUUAUAUAACCGACGAUGGCUUUGUGGACGAAAGCUCUGAUGAGCAUGAAACGAGGGAGUCGGAGACUGACGAGGAAGUCGACGAAUCAACCACAGCUGGAGCUUGCGAGGUCGAUCAAAACACAUUCCCAAAUCUUGAAAGCAGCGCAAGCGAUACGCCAGAAGAAGUGCUACCAGGAACAUCGAGUGUAUCAAGGUCUCCCAAGCGAAAACCGCUAGAAAUUUCUGAAGAUUUUGCUUCUUUAUCCGACAGUGGUGAUGAGUCUGAAGCAAUCGUAUCUCCUGGUAAACGUAGAAUGACACGUAACCGUUUCCGGCCCCAAAAGAAGGCAGGUUCCAUGCCUGAGAGCGAUAGCGACGACUAA